GUCGCCGCAAAAUCCCUAAUCACCCAGCAAAAGACCGGGCGUCGUUUAAAAAAUAAAAAGAGAUCUGGCCCAUUGAUCACCAUCGGCUUUUGGAAUUCGAGUGUGUGCUUCUUCCAACUCCUAUAUACAAGGGCCCGGACUCCCAAAACUCCAAAAGCAACUGCUUUCAAAAGUCCCUUCAACAAUAGCCUCGUAGCCUCCCCACACACACACACUCUACCCGGCUUCCACCCGUCUUUCACCAUGGUCAAGUUCGCUGCUCUAGCCCUUGGGCUUCUCAGCAUUGCCACUCAAGUCUGCGCGCAAAACACAGUCAAGGUCAUGCCCUUUGGCGCCUCCAUUGUCUCACGAUGCUGGCGCGCCGAUCUCCAAACCCAGCUGCGGGCUGCUGGUGUCACCAACUUCGAUUUCGUCGGCAGCCAAACUGGCAAGUGUGCUGGCACCAACAUCGACCAAGACCACGAGGGCCACCCUGGCUCGCUGGCCACCGACUACGCAAAGAACGGCAACCUCACCGUAUGGCUGGACAAGAACACGCCAGACGUAGUCCUCAUGCUCGUCGGCACAAACGACGUGCUCAUCGGCAAGAAGCCCGUCAGCGACAUCCUCGCCGCCUACGACACACUCAUUGCGCAGAUGCGCGCCAAAAACGCAAAAAUGCAAAUCGUCUUCUCCAACCUGCUGCCCCUGGAUCCCGCGCGCUUCCCCGCCGCCGCCGUCCAGGGCAUAGUCGACCUCAACAACGCACUGAAGACCUAUGUCCCCGGCAAAAGCAACCUCGAGAGCCCCGUUGUCCUCGUCGACAACUUUGCCGGCUUCGACGCCGUCAAGGACACAGAUGACGGCGAGCACCCCAAUACCGUCACUGGCAUCCAGAAAAUGGCCUCGAGGUUCCUGGAUCCUACUUCCGAUGCUAUCGUGGCGGCGAGUACGGCUUCCGAAGCUUCGGUUGUCGGUGAUAUUCUGGGACGCGGAUUCCACAAGAGGAGGUUGCUACAGCUGCAACAACAACAACAACAACAGCAGUAGAGCGAGUGAGAGUAGUAGCAGUGCUGUGGUGCUAGUAGUUAGAAACACUAAUGUGAGGGGGAGCACAUGUACGAAAUAACGAAUUCAUGACUUUUUUCUCCUUCUUC